AUGCAAAUGCAGUAGAAUAAUAACAACCAGUACCCUUACAGGUAUUCAGAUAGUUCUGAAGAAGAAGGCGACUCUGAUGGCGACCACUUAAAAUAACGCCAGGAUGAGAAAUAUGAUUUAGACUCUGAAGACGGAUAAAGAGCCUGCAAAAGAUUUUUAAACUAAGUAGAGAGACUUUGCGAAGUAUUUAAAGCUAACUGUGCACAUAGAAGUUACCGAGAGUAAUUUUCCAAAGCUUACAAAGUCCUGUAUAAGGAAGGUAGCCUUUGCUACCUCACUGAGAUACUAGAUUCUGCUUAAGAAGGGUUUCCAUAUCUAUGGGUAAACGGAGAGAAAUAUGUAUUUUCUCAGGAAGUUUUAGAUGCUGGUCGCAAGUUGUUUUAACAAUUCAGAAUAAUACAAAGUAUAAUUAGAAAUAUUUAUGAGAGAAUUAUUGAGGAUACUGUGAAUGUUACUGUUUAAGAAAUUAUUGAGGACAUGGCAAAGCACCUUGAAGAGUUUGACUCAACCUGGGUUGCUUAUGAGUAGAUAUAUGUACUGGAGCUGAUGCUGAUAGAGGCAGAUGCUAGAAGGUAUAUUACAGAGGCUAUUGAAUGCGAGAAAAAACUUGCUCAAAUAGAAAUCAAAGAAAAAUCAAGAGGUAGAAUCGUUGUAGAUUCUGCUGAAUACACUGCAAAACGUACAAAGGUCAUUCAAAUUUUAGGGAAAAUAAAUUCUGUUGCAAAUCCAGAGGGCAUGGGCAGAGAUGAUCUCGGCAAUGAAAUCUUACUAGCAGCAGAAGGAAUCUUCCGUCGAAUCUCGCCCACUCAGUCUAAGGCUGUAAGAGGUCUAGCCGAGAGAAUUAAAAAGAGCUUUCAAGAUUUCCGAGCAUUACUUAGAAAAUAUGAAUCUAACAUUGAAAUUGUUGAUCCAUAGCUAAAAAACAACUAGGAAUUAGUAGAAAUCUUAGUUGAAUUCGAGAACAGCUGGUCUCAAGGGCUAACUUAUUUCCUAGACAAUAAGAAAUGCCAUUAACUAUUGCAUUUCUCAUCAGUAAUAGAGGCUACAGCUGAAAAGCAUAAACAGUUUGCUGAGCAAUUAGAGUAAAGAGAUUCUGAAAUUUUCUUCAUUAUACCUUCUCUGCUCAUACUGCAAUCACUUGAAAAUGAUGAUAAAUAAAUUUGCAGUUUCUUCUAUCCUAAUAUGUUCGAUCCUGCUACCAAGCAAGGUCAAUAGCUCAAACUCCUGAAAGAAGAGUACGAGUAUGGCCGUCAAAAAAUGAAGAGCGAUUACGACUUUUACAAUCUAGUUGAGAAAUGUUUAUUAGAAAUCGAUUUAGGCCCAAAUGACAAAAACUGGGUUGAAGAGCUGCAUAUAAAGGAAAAGAUUAUUAAGGAAAUAAAAGUACUAGCGAUGAUGCUGAGUAGAUUCAAACCAGCUGAUUGGAAUAAAUUCUUAGAUGUAGUUAUCAAAUGA